CAAAGUGUUUGUGAACCUUUGUUGUGGACGGUGAUUAUCGCGUAAUUUUAGGUCAUCUUUCAGUUUGGGUGCUCCUUGCGGCCUUCAUGACCACCAACACCUACUAUGAACAUUGAAACAUGUUCAAAAAGAACGCUACAUCGUCGGACGUGAAGAAGAGUCUAAGCAAAUGUCUGGACACUAAGAGAGAUACGCCCACUCGUCUCAAGCAUCUGCGGACAGUCUUGGACAAUACAGAUGCUGGUGAAUUAAAGUCUUUUCUAGAUGUUAACUACAGCCUAGUUUUUCAUGUCUUCUAUGAGGCAUUCAUCACCUUUGAGGGAAAUCUUAAACAAAAGGGAACAUUUGCUGUACAAAAGAGUCAUAAAGAAGAUUUGGAGUGUUCAUUAUAUGUGUUGGACCGCCUCCUUUGCCUUCUACCAGAAAGGUUUGAGAAACGAUGGCAGUGCAAUGCUCUUACCCACAUUUUCAAGAAGAUCCUUCACCCUGGAAAUAUUGUGCGCCUACGACGAGAUGCCAUGCGAUUGUUUGUGAUUUGGUAUAUGAUUGUUGGGGAGUGCAAAACAGCAGAAAUGGAUCGCAUGUUUGCAUCAUUGGUACCAGGGUUUCCAGUACCUCCUCCGUCAGCUCUCCCACCUGACCUGGGCUAUGGGGGAGUUACAUGCUUGGAGCCAUCGCCUGUUAUUCCUCCUCCCAGCACAGAGAAAACACCGCCAGAUGAUCUGUCAUCAUAUCUUCUCAGGUCACUUUUAGACUUCAUGGUCACACAGGUACGAAGAGUUGAGUGGCAAGACCGUACACAGCAUAGCAAGUCAUUUUCGUACCUGUUUACCAUGUUUCGAAUGUGGUACAUGCCACAUAUCUUCCCUAGUUUCAAUUCUUCAAACUCGCUGUAUAAACCAAAUUUAGAGUUACCAGAACUUCGCAGCAGCCCAGGGUUGAGCCCUUAUGGCACCUGUCAAGUGGCAGUCGUCGAGUGGGUGCGGAAGUUUGUCAUAUCUACCUCACAGCGAAGUGGGCAGUCAGUGUCAUCUGUAGGGGAGGAAGAUGGUCGACGUUCUGGUCAUGGUGAUGCAGCAGAAGGAAGCACUAGUGACCAAGACUCCAUCACAUCAGCCUUUUAUAUCACUGAUGAAGGUAGUUCAAAUGAAGAUGGAAUGAUGGUUCGUGACAUCUUCUUCUCAUCUCGGGAGAACAUCAACUUCAUCCAUGAAUUAUUUCGCCAAGCUUUGUGUCUCAGUUUCCGCUAUGCGGCAAUCAUGAAGACCGUCAUAUUUACGUACAAGGACUGGAUACAGAUGAAUGCCCCUGAGAUGCCACCCUUUAUGUUGGAGCCAUUAGAAGGAGGAGCUAGUCCAAGGGAUGAUGGGCCAGUUACACAAGAAAAUAACCAACAGAGAGCGUAUGCGCAAUGA